AUGAAAAUCGCAUCCAUUCUAUAUUUUGCUGCAAAUUUUGUCUCCCUAUCGCUUGGUGCAAUAGUAUCACUAAAACCACCUUCAAAAGAUCCAUUUUAUACGGCAACCGAUGGGUUCAAAGAUGCCAAGCCAGGUGACAUAUUGAGAAUUAGGAAAGCUCCAAGCAAGUUAUCUAGUAGCUUUUUCCCACUAGAUGUUAAAAAUACCUGGCAACUUUUGGUUAGAUCUGAAGACUCCUUUGGUAAUCCAAAUGUUUUCGUCACCACUAUAAUUGAACCCUAUAAUUCCGAUCCAGCAAAAGUCCUUUCUUAUCAAACAUUUGAAGAUUCGUCCAAUUUGGACUGUGCGCCUUCUUAUGGAGUUCUUUCUGGUGCUGCUCUUGGAACAAUGGCAACCCAGUUGGAAAUGACACUUAUGGUUUUGGCGUUGCAGAAGGGUUAUUAUGUGGUGACCCCAGAUUACGAAGGUCCUAAAGCAACCUUUACAGUGGGGAAACAAUCAGGCCAAGCAGUUCUCAAUUCAGUUAGAGCGACCUUAAACUCAGGUGAAACUACAGGAAUAAGUAAUGAUGCUAAAGUGGCAAUGUGGGGAUAUUCUGGAGGAUCUUUGGCAUCUUCAUGGGCUGCUUCUUUACAACCUAAAUAUGCUCCUGAAUUAUCCAAGAACUUGAUCGGUGCCGCUUUAGGAGGAUUUGUUACUAAUAUUACUGCAACCGCAGAAGCAACUGAUGGAGGUAUUUUUGCAGCCCUUAUUCCCAAUGCCAUGAAUGGACUCGCCAAUGAGUACCCUGAAUUUAGGGACAAAAUUUUUGAUGAAGUACAUGCCUUUGAUAAAAUGACAUUGGAAGAUGGUAGUGAGCUUUGUUUAGUUCCAGCUUUAUUUAUGUUUGCAUAUAAAGAGUUUUUAACUGGUGAGCUGCCAGCAUUUCCCAAAGGGUUCAAGUUAUUAGAGGAUGAAGUGAUUAGUAACACUAUCGACGAAAAUUCUUUAAUCAAUCAUUCCAAAGAUAUUAUGCCAGAAAUCCCUAUAUUCAUAUAUCAUGGAUCAUUUGAUAUGAUUGUUCCUAUUAAUGGAGCAAAAGAUGUAUAUAAAAUCUGGUGUGAAAAUGACAUUGGAUCUUUGGAAUUUUCUGAGGACUUAACAUCAGGCCAUCUUACCGAAACAAUUGUGGGAGCUCCGGCAGCGUGGACUUGGAUAGAAAAUAGAUUUGAUGGAAAGGAAGCUGUCAAAGGAUGUUCGCAUUCUGUUAGGCUUUCUAAUUUCCUUUAUCCUAACAUGUCAACCGUUACUAGAGAUUAUUUUAGAGGAUUGUAUGAUGCCUUUUCCGCAAGUCCUAUCGGACCACUUGAUAAAGUAUCAAAGAAGUCACAGCUUUCCAAAAGACAAUUAGAGGAACUUAGGAAUUUUGACUAUAGUUCUUUGAUUCAUUAG